AUGGAGCGCUUUAAUGAAAACGGAAGUCUGUCAGCGUGCCGUGCGGCCGCAUUGUCGACGACAAUGCUGACGCGUCGCAAAUCGUCCAUAGAUGGCACAAAAUCAGAAAGAAGCCGUCGACGAGGCGAAUCGAUCGGCGGCGCAUUCACUGAUAUGAUCAAUCUGGAGCCAACGGCUAUUAUUAAUAAAUCUACAGAGCUUCUUCACGAACGUUUCCUACGAGAUAUGGUCCGUGCAGCAUGUCUUUUAUCAAUGAUAUCACUAUGUCUACACACACCAGAUACAAUCAAAAUGUGGCCACCAUUAAACUAUAUAAUUCUGGUGAAUGACAUCCUGGUAACCUUGAUAUUCAUUGGAGAAGCAGCUGCCACAAUCAAUCAAAACGGUCUGUUCGAUAAUCAAAAUUCGUAUUUACGGGAUCGGUGGUAUCAAUUCGAGUUCUUUCUUCUUAUUAAUCACAUUCUAUCAUGUGUUAUUCACAUUUAUGAAUUUUGCUCAAUAUGGUUUCCUUCACUUAAUUUUUUUGUAAGUUUGAAACAAAUUAUAUUUGAAAAGGUUGCAUUGAAAUUUCAGUAUUAUCCAUGGUUCGGUGCUCUUCGAUCAGCCCGAUCUUUCAUUUUUCUACGAUUCAUCCGCUCAAUUGUUCGAUUCAAACUUCCAAAGAAGACAAUUAAAUUAAUCAUGAAGCGAUCAUCUCAACAAAUCCAAAAUGUGACAAUUUUCUUCAUGUUUUUUGUAUUCUCGUAUGCAAUCAUGGGCGUUCAAUUAUUCGGAAGACUCAACUACCAUUGUGUUGUGAAUGGAACAGAUCCUCACAACGUGACAAUUGCUGAUCUUGCGAUUCCGGAUACAAUGUGCUCUCAGAAAGGAGCCGGUGGAUAUGAGUGUCCUGGAAAUAUGGUCUGUAUGAGAUUGGAGUUACAACCACAAGCAGAAGGAUUCUAUGGACAAUUCAGUGAUUUUGCAUCGUCUCUUUUUACAGUUUAUUUGGCUGCCAGUCAGGAAGGAUGGGUUUAUGUACUCUAUGACUGUCUUGAUUCAAUGCCAUCCUUUUUGGCUUUCUUCUAUUUCGUCACCUUGAUAUUCUUCCUAGCAUGGCUAGUUAAGAAUGUGUUCAUUGCCGUCAUCACUGAAACAUUUGCUGAAAUUCGUGUGCGAUUUGCAGAAAUGUGGCAAACGAGAGAGGCAACAUCGGAUCAUGCGUUUACGCAGAAGUUAGAAAAAGAUGAGAAUGGCUGGAAGUUGGUGGAAGUUGACAAGUACAAUAGAGCACAUUCGAAUAAUUCUCUUUUUCUACAUACGAUUGUAACAUCAACUGUAUUUCAAACGAUCAUGCAGCUGCUGAUCCUUGCCAAUGCAAUAUUCCAUGCAACAUUUGUUUUCUAUCAUGACGAAUCGGACCAAAUUCGAAAAGUGUUUUAUUAUUAUGUCGAAGUGGGAUUCACGAUUUUGUUCAACACAGAAGUCGCCAUCAAAGUUUAUGCAUUUGGAUGGAAUGCGUACAUUUCAAGAGGACAGCACAAGUUUGAUUUCCUGCUUUGUGUUGGAUCGAGUCUGAAUGCUAUCUGGAUUCUUUACGAAACAAACUUUUUCACAUACUUCCAAGUAUUUCGAAUAGCUCGUCUCAUCAAAGCUUCUCCGAUGCUUGAAGAUUUCGUCUACAAGAUUUUUGGACCGGGAAAAAAAUUAGGAGGUCUUGUGAUAUUCACCGCAAUUCUUCUUCUUGUUACAUCGGCAAUUUCAUUACAAUUAUUCUGUUAUGUUCCAAAACUGAACAGGUUCACCAAUUUCGCAGCGGCAUUCAUGACCAUGUUUCAAAUAAUAACACAAGAAGGAUGGACAGAUGUUGUUAUUGAAAUUCUAAGAGCUUGCAAUGAACAAGCAGUUCCAUUUGUAGCCAUUUAUUUUGUAGCUUAUCAUUUAUUAGUUACUUUGUUCGUCUUGUCGCUAUUCGUUGCCGUCAUUUUGGAUAAUUUGGAAAUGGAUGAAGAAUUGAAAAAAGUGAAACAACUGAAAGCCAGAGAACAGGAUACAAUAAAAACGACACUCCCAAUGCGACUUCGAAUAUUCAAUCGAUUUCCAACUGCUCCAACGAUGGUAACCAUGAAGAAGGUGUCUUCUGAAUUCCCACUUCCGAAGAUUCGAGACUCAUUUACAAGACAAUUUGCUGAUGAAUUUGUGGAGACAAGUGAAGAUCCAAUGCAAGAGAUAGGCCUCAAAGUUCGUUCAAUGUUAUCUGGAAAGGGGCCAUCAAAAGAAACAAGAAUAACAACUACAAUUCGCCACGUUGGACAAUUAUCCAACAAGACAAUUCUGACAUCAAUUCUAACCGAAUCCAACAGAAAUCGUGCACUUUUCUCGGAAUCCAAUCAGCAUUUAGCCAAUUUCACAAGGAGCAAUACAUCAUCGAAACACGGAAAAAGUGGAAUUCUAUCAGCAACUUCGCGUUCAAGAACUCGUGGAUUGGCUUCGUUGAAAGGGAAGAAUAUGGUGGAGGGUUUCAAAGAAAACGGAGAUUUGAGACCGGAAGAUACAGCAAGAAAAGUGGAAAAACAUGGGGAAAUUGAUUUCAAAGCAUUUCAAAUGAAAAGAGCUCAUGCUGAAAUAACAAGAAACCGCAUAGAAGAAGAGAUGCGGGAAAAUCAUCCGAUGUUCGAUCGUCCGUUAUUUCUUGUGGGUCGAGAAUCUUCCCUCCGUAGAAUGUGUCAAAUGAUUGCUCACUCCCGUCAUUCUUAUGAUCAAAAUGAUGGACAACACCGGAAGAAUUCGAAUAAAUAUAAACAGUUUCAUGAUCUUUUGGCAAUAAUAACCUAUCUGGAUUGGGCAAUGGUCUUGGUUACAACUCUGUCGUGCUGUAGUAUGUUAUGGGAAUCUCCAUGGCCAUUAACUGGAGAGAAUCUCAUUUUCAACAAUUUCUAUCUUCAGAUAGCAGAAUACAUAUUCGUACUUGUCAUGAGCUUCGAGUUAACUGUGAAAUGUAUCGCUAAUGGUCUUUUCUUCACUCCGAAAGCAUUGGUUACGGAUGUUGGAGACAUUUUGACCAUUUUCAUUUACAUUACAAGUCUAAUAUUUGUGAUCUGGAUGCCAACUCAUAUUGAGAUCAACAGUUGGGCACAACUUCUUAUGAUAUGCCGAGCAUCUCGUCCGUUGAGAGUUUAUGCACUGAUUCCACAUAUUCGAAGAGUUGUUGUGGAGUUGUGCAGAGGCUUUCGAGAGAUUUUAUUGGUGAGUGUUGUGACGAUUCUGCUCGUGGUUCUAAUGUUCAUUUUUGCGAGUUUUGGAGUUCAACUCGUCGGUGGAAAACUGGCAGCUUGCAAUGAUCUGUCCAUAACAUCUCGUGAGAAUUGUACUGGACUGUAUGAUGUGAAAUUGUUUGUGACUCGAUUGGAAGUAUACGGUAAAAACGAAGCUAUGCAUCCAUCCAUCAUUGUCCCACGAGUAUGGACCAAUCCGAGGAACUUCAACUUUGAUCAUAUCGGAAAUGCAAUGUUGGCUCUAUUCGAAACUCUUUCUUAUAAGGGAUGGAAUGUUGUCAGAGACGUUUUGUAUAUAAGACAUGGAGCUUGGGCGGUUAUCUUCAUCCAUAUCUACGUCUUCAUUGGAUGCAUGAUUGGACUAACACUUUUUGUCGGAGUCGUUGUUGCAAAUUACACUGAAAAUCGAGGAACUGCCCUUCUGACAGUCGAUCAACGUCGUUGGCAUGAUCUGAAGGCCAGACUAAAAAUGGCACAACCUCUCCAUGUGCCUCCAAAACCUCCGGAAUCUGCAAAAGUCCGUUGCUAUCUGUACGAUAUGACGACUUCCAGAUGGUUCAAACAGACAUUCGCGGCUCUCGUUGUUUUGAAUUCACUGACUUUGAUAAUUCCAUGGAAUGUCAGUGAAGAACGAGAUCGGAAGAAAUCUUUGCUGACUUGUACUCUCUUUUCUGCUCUUUUUAAUAUCUUAUUCACUUUGGAAUGCUUACUCAAAAUGAUUGCAUUUACCCUUUCCGGAUUCUGGCAGUCAAGAAGAAAUCGAAUUGACUUGAUCAUCACAGUUCUUGGAAUCAAUUGGAUUGUUUUUCAUUUUCUAUUUCAAUUGCCCGCAUACUUUGCCGGAGGAAUAUCUGAAUGGAAACGUCUAACAUAUACCUACGGAUAUCUGGUUGUCAUUCUUCGUUUUUUCACAAUAGCCGGGAGAAAAUCAACUCUAAAAAUGUUGAUGUUGACAGUUGUAAUGUCGAUGGUUCGAUCUUCGUUUAUUAUUGCUGCAAUGUUUUUGUUGGUUCUUUUUUAUGCGAAUGCCGGAGUCGUUCUAUUUGGAAUGGUCAAGUAUGGACAGGCGGUUGGGAAACAUGUAAACUUUCGAAACGGACGAGAAGCUCUUGUUGUCUUAUUUCGAUCUGUAACUGGAGAGGAUUGGAAUGAUAUCAUGCAUGACUGUAUGAGAGCUCCACCAUUCUGUAACUGGCAUCCAGGACUCAGUUAUUGGCAAACCGAUUGCGGAAAUUAUGUUGGAGCAAUUGUCUACUUUUGCUCUUUUUAUCUCAUUAUCACUUAUAUCGUGUUGAAUCUUCUUGUCGCUAUCAUUAUGGAGAAUUUCUCUCUAUUUUAUUCGUCUGUCGAAGAUCAACUACUCUCUUAUGCAGAUAUUCGAAACUUCCAAUUAAUUUGGAAUAUGGUCGAUGUCGAACAGAAACGAUCGAUUCCGGUUAGAAGAGUAAAAUUUCUUUUGAGAUUGUUAAGAGGAAGACUUGAAGUACCUGAUGAAUCAGAUGGACUUCUAUUCAAGCAUAUGUGUCAUGAAAUGGAAAGACUUCAUAAUGGAGAUGAUGUAUCGUUUCAUGAUGUCCUAAAGUAUGUUGAUCCAGCUUUAACCUUUUAUGUUACCUACCGGAGUGUGGACAUUCGGAAAAAUCUUCAACUGGAAGAACUGUUACAAAGAGAAGAAUUAGAAUAUAUAAUUGAAGAAGAGGUUGCAAAGCAUACAAUUCGACAAUGGCUGGAACACUGUCUUAAAAAUAUCAAAGCGAAACAAAAUAAUACUCUUGGGAAAAUGAGUUCAAUUGGAUCAACAUUUGCCUUCCCACAGCAAGAUGUAUUGACAAAAGGAGUGUUUUUAACAGAAGCAUCUCCUGACGAAGAAUCAUUACAAGGAGAAAGAGGAAGUGGAAAAAAGAAGGCGUCGAGAGGAAAUUCCAUUACUGAGAUUGUAACCGAAGCACAAAAGAAGAGUGUGAAACGAGGAGCUGACAAAAUCAAGGAGAGACGUGGCACACUUCGCCAAAUGCAAAUGGGAACUUAUGAUGAACUAGAAGAAGUUGAAGAAGACGAAGAUACAGAUGCAGAAGUCAGAAGAUCUUCAUUUGAGUAUUCUGGAUCCGAUGUGAUACAAAUGUCACAUGAAAAACAAUUAGAAGACGUCAAAACUUGGUGGACACUGUGUGAUUGA